AUGUCCGGCGUAAUACUAGAAGAAGAGGCCGACUAUGGCUGCUUCCCAUUUGAUAUCUUUGUCUCAGACCGGUGGGAUCACAAUCACAAUGCCACCAGAGACGGUCAGGAACAGUGGGAGCAGCUCGUCUGGGAAUGGGAGAGCCUGACACUAACCGAGCGCUAUCCGUAUCAAAAACGCGCUGAGUCCGAGAACGGUCCUCCAGAACUCAGCGAGGAGAUCAAACGCGUGCUGGCCACACACCAGACCGCACAUGAGCGCAAUAUCAGCCUCAUUAGUUGUGACGGCUGGCAGACUGUCUGGCUGCGCACAUGCUAUGACCCAGGUCUCGCCGACAAAUACAAACAGAUGAAGUCCACAUCCGAGGUUCCUGGAUGGGGGGUCUCAGGGGACAAGAUCCUGGAUGACCCUGCCCGUUAUGACUUUGACGACGAUGGCAGCAACUCCUGGCAACAGGUGUUGAUUCGCGUGCCGGGGAUCACGGAUUUCAGUGGCGUUUGGGGCGAGGGCGACGGCGGCAGUAGCAUACGGUACCGCAGCCAUAUCGAGUCUGGAUUGAUCAAGAUUCUCUGGCUGGACGAGCAUGGGCAGGUUGCCUGGGAAAAUCGGUUGGAUACUUCCACUUCAGCUCUGAGUCGGCUAACAGGAUCCCUCCUGAACGCUACGAGUCUGGUGGAAAUGACCGGCUACGACGGUACCCGCGGCACUCUGAUUGAAAACUAG